UGUGUGAGUCAAACGAUGAGUGUGCCUGCCGAGAAGGGGAAGGCAGGGGCCCACAGAAAGGGUGGUCCCGUGUUAAUGCGGGCUAAGAGUCAGAAACGGUGUGUGUCGGGACAAGAGAGAGCUGUCUGUUUUUUAAGGCGCUCCAUAAGGAUACAGUGCAGCCAGUGUGUAGCAGGGCUCGAUGGAUCCCUCCCUAAAGAGCCAAAAGGAGAUGUAUCGAGCCAGAUAGCAGGUUUUAGGAGAAAUGAGGAGAUGAGAGCGAUGGAGGUGCUUCCCAUCCUCAAAGAGAAGGUUGCCUUUCUGUCAGGUGGCAGAGACAGACGUGGUGGUCCUGUGUUAACGUUCCCAUCACGCAGCAACCACGACAGAAUACGAACAGACGACCUGAGGAGACUGAUCGCUUACCUCGCCGGCAUCCCCAGCGAGGAGGUGUGUAAACAUGGCUUCACGGUCAUUGUUGACAUGCGUGGCUCCAAGUGGGACAGCAUCAAGCCUCUGCUGAAGAUCCUGCAGGAGUCGUUCCCGUCCUGCAUCCACAUCGCGCUCAUCAUCAAACCGGACAAUUUCUGGCAGAAGCAGAGGACCAACUUCGGCAGCUCCAAGUUUGAAUUCGAGACCACCAUGGUGUCACUCGAAGGCUUGACGAAAGUGGUGGACCCCUCUCAGCUGACGGCAGACUUUGACGGCAGCCUGGACUACAACCACGAAGAGUGGAUAGAGGUGCGUGUGGCAUUUGAGGAUUUCUCUGGCCAUGCCACCCAGAUGCUGGCUCGACUAGAAGAGAUGCAGGAAACCGUGUCAAGGAAAGACUUUCCCCAAGACCUGGAAGGAGCCAGACGGAUGAUAGAAGAGCACGCCACACUGAAGAAGAAAGUCAUUAAAGCUCCAAUAGAGGAGCUGGACACUGAAGGGCAAAGAUUGCUCCAGCGCAUUCAGAGCAGUGAGUCUUUCUCCAACCGCAAUGGCAGCAGCGGCGGAAGCAGCAGUAGCGGCAGUGGAGUGUGCAACGCGGACACCCAAGGCCUGGUGCCGCGCAUCACCCAGCUGCUGGACAAGCUGCACUCCACCCGGCAGCACCUCCACCAGGCGUGGCACGUCCGCAAGCUCCAGCUGGAUCAGUGUUUCCAGCUGCGCCUGUUCGAGCAGGAUGCAGAGAAGAUGUUCGACUGGAUCAUGCACAACAAGGGUUUGUUCCUGGCAGGCUACACAGAGAUCGGCAACAACCACCCCCAUGCUGUGGAGCUGCAAACCCAGCACAGCCACUUCGCCAUGAACUGCAUGAAUGUGUACGUCAACAUCAACCGGAUCAUGUCCGUGGGGAACCGGCUACUGGAGUCGGGUCACUACGCUUCCCAGCAGAUCAAGCAGAUCUCAAGUCAGUUGGAGCAGGAGUGGAAGGCAUUCGCCGCCGCAUUGGAUGAACGUAGCACGCUGUUAGAGAUGUCGGCUGGUUUCCAUCAGAAAUGUGACCAGUACAUGAGUAAUGUGGACUCCUGGUGUAAGGCAUGUGGCGAGGUGGACUUGCCUUCUGAGCUACAAGACCUCGAAGAUGCCAUCCACCAUCACCAAGGCCUGUACGAGCACAUCACAGCUGCUUACUCGGAGGUGAGUCAAGAUGGCAAAGCUCUGCUGGACAAGCUGCAGCGACCUUUGACCCCAGGCAGUGCCGAUUCACUGACGGCAACGGCAAACUACUCUAAGGCGGUUCACCACGUCCUGGACAUCAUCCAUGAGGUGCUGCAUCACCAGAGACAGCUGGAAAACAUCUGGCAGCACCGUAAAGUGCGUCUGCACCAGCGCCUGCAGCUCUGCGUGUUUCAGCAGGACGUCCAGCAGGUUUUGGACUGGAUAGAAAACCAUGGCGAGGCCUUCCUCAGCAAACACACAGGGGUGGGAAAGUCUCUCCACCGAGCCAGAGCUCUCCAGAAACGCCAUGAAGACUUUGAGGAAGUGGCACAGAAUACGUACACCAAUGCAGACAAGCUGCUGGAGGCGGCCGAGCAGCUGGCCCAGACAGGAGAGUGCGACCCAGAGGAGAUCUACCAGGCCGCCCACCAGCUCGAAGACAGGAUCCAAGACUUUGUUCGCCGCGUGGAGCAGCGCAAAGUCCUGCUGGACAUGUCUGUCGCCUUCCACACGCACGUCAAAGAGUUGUGGACAUGGCUGGAGGAGCUCCAGAAGGAGCUGCUGGACGACGUUUAUGCCGAAUCUGUGGAGGCCGUCCAGGAUCUGAUCAAGCGCUUCGGCCAGCAGCAGCAGACCACGCUGCAGGUCACUGUCAACGUCAUCAAGGAGGGAGAGGACCUCAUCCAGCAGCUCAGGGACUCCGCCAUCUCCAGCAACAAGACGCCCCACAACAGCUCCAUCAACCACAUCGAGAGCGUCCUCCAGCAGCUGGAUGAAGCCCAGGCACAGAUGGAGGAGCUCUUCCAGGAGAGGAAGAUCAAACUGGAGCUCUUCCUGCAGCUCCGCAUCUUUGAGAGGGAUGCCAUUGAUAUCAUCUCUGACCUGGAGUCGUGGAACGAGGAGUUGACAGGUCAGAUGAAUGACUUUGACACGGAGGACCUGACGCUGGCCGAGCAGAGGCUCCAGCACCACGCUGACAAGGCCUUGACCAUGAACAACCUCACCUUCGAUGUGAUCCACCAGGGCCAGGAGCUGCUGCAGUAUGUCAACGAAGUCCAGGCCUCCGGUGUGGAGCUGCUGUGCGAUCGGGAUGUGGACAUGGCCACGCGGGUUCAGGACUUGCUGGAGUUCCUUCACGAAAAGCAGCAAGAGCUCGAUUUAGCAGCUGAGCAGCACCGCAGACACCUGGAGCAGUGUGUCCAGCUGAGACACCUGCAGGCAGAAGUCAAGCAGGUUCUGGGUUGGAUUCGUAAUGGCGAGUCGAUGCUGAAUGCUGGUCUGAUAACAGCCAGCUCCCUGCAGGAAGCUGAGCAACUGCAGAGGGAACACGAACAAUUUCAGCAUGCUAUUGAGAAAACACACCAGAGUGCCCUGCAGGUUCAGCAGAAGGCGGAGGCUCUGCUUCAGGCCAACCACUACGACAUGGACAUGAUCAGAGACUGUGCCGAGAGCGUGGCUUCACACUGGCAACAGCUCAUGCUGAAGAUGGAGGACCGACUCAAGCUUGUCAAUGCCUCCGUCGCCUUCUACAAGACCUCUGAACAGGUGUGCAGUGUGUUGGAGAGCUUGGAGCAAGAGUACAAGAGAGAGGAGGACUGGUGUGGAGGAGCUGACAAACUGGGACCCAACUGUGAAACAGACCACGUCACCCCCAUGAUCAGCAAGCACCUGGAGCAGAAGGAGGCCUUCCUAAAAGCGUGCACGCUGGCAAGAAGAAAUGCGGAUGUCUUCCUCAAGUACAUGCACAGGAACAGUGUUAACAUGCCUGGGAUGCUGAGCCACGUCAAAGCACCAGAACAGCAGGUCAAAAACAUCCUUAAUGAGCUACUGCAAAGAGAGAACCGCGUUCUCCACUUCUGGACGAUGAAGAAACGCAGGCUGGAUCAGUGCCAGCAGUACGUGGUGUUUGAACGUAGCGCCAAACAGGCUCUGGAGUGGAUUCACGACACCGGGGAGUUUUACCUGUCCACACACACAUCCACAGGCUCGAGUAUCCAUCACACGCAGGAGCUGCUGAAGGAACAUGAGGAAUUCCACAUCACAGCCAAGCAAACCAAGGAGCGUGUGAAGCUGCUGAUCCAGCUGGCCGAUGGUUUCUGCGAGAAAGGCCACAGUCAUGCAGGGGAGAUCAAAAAAUGGGUGACAGCUGUGGACAAGCGCUAUCGAGACUUUUCGCUGCGCAUGGACAAGUACCGCUGCAGUCUUGAGAAAGCUCUGGGCAUCUCCUCCGACUCCAACAAGGCGAGCAAGGAUCUGCAGUUGGACAUCAUCCCAGCCACGGCUCCAGGGUCAGAGGUCAAGCUGAGGGAUGCUGCCGCCCAUGAGCUGAAUGAGGAGAAACGUAAAUCUGCACGCAGAAAGGAGUUCAUCAUGGCAGAGCUGAUUCAGACAGAAAAAGCCUACGUGCGAGACCUGCGGGAGUGCAUGGAUACCUACCUGUGGGAGAUGACCAGUGGAGUGGAGGAGAUUCCUCCAGGGAUCCUCAACAAGGAGCACAUCAUCUUUGGAAACAUGCAAGACCUUUAUGAAUUCCACCAUAACAUCUUCCUCAAAGAGUUGGAGAAAUAUGAGCAGCUACCAGAGGAUGUUGGGCAUUGCUUCGUCACAUGGGCCGAUAAGUUCCAGAUGUAUGUGAACUACUGUAAGAACAAGCCGGACUCCACCCAGCUCAUACUGGAGCAUGCUGGCAACUACUUUGAUGAAAUUCAACAGAGGCACCGACUGGCCAACUCCAUCUCAUCCUAUCUGAUCAAGCCAGUGCAGAGAAUCACCAAGUAUCAGCUCCUGCUGAAGGAGCUGUUGACGUGCUGUGAAGAAGGUAAAGGAGAGAUCAAGGACGGCCUGGAGGUGAUGCUCAGUGUUCCCAAGAAAGCCAACGAUGCCAUGCACCUCUCAAUGCUGGAAGGUUUCGAUGAAAACAUCGAGUCGCAGGGCGAGCUCAUUCUCCAGGAUUCAUUCCAGGUCUGGGAUCCAAAGACUCUGAUCCGAAAGGGACGAGAGCGCCACCUCUUCCUCUUUGAGAUGUCUCUUGUUUUCAGCAAGGAGGUCAAAGACUCAAAUGGCCGGAGCAAAUACAUCUAUAAGAGCAAACUCUUUACAUCAGAGUUGGGGGUGACUGAACACGUUGAAGGAGACCCCUGUAAGUUUGCUCUAUGGGUGGGACGCACCCCGACCUCUGACAACAAGAUUGUACUCAAGCUAAGUCAGGGAUCCAAACAUGGAGCCAUGGCAUCCAGCAUUGAGAACAAGCAAGACUGGAUCAAACACAUCAGAGAGGUGAUCCAAGAGCGCACCAUUCACCUGAGAGGAGCACUUAAAGAACCCAUUCAUAUUCCCAAAACAGCCACCACCAAGCACCACAAGGGACGAAGGGAUGGAGAGGACCUGGACAGUCAGGGUGAAGGCAGCAGCCAACCAGACACCAUCUCUCUGGCAUCACGCACCUCUCAGAACACACUGGACAGCGACAAGCUCUCCGGCGGCUGUGAGCUGACUGUGGUCAUACAUGACUUUAUGGCCAGCAACAGCAACGAGCUGACGGUGCGGCGGGGUCAGACGGUGGAGGUUCUGGAGCGCUGUCACGACAAACCAGACUGGUGCCUGGUCAGGACCACAGACCGCUCUCCUGCCCAGGAGGGCCUGGUGCCCUGCUCUAUGCUCUGCAUCGCCCAUUCCAGGUCCUCCAUGGAGAUGGAAGGCAUCUUCAAUCACAAAGCUCUGUAUUUCACAGACACACUGUCAGUGUGCAGCAAUGACUCCAUCAUGCCAGGUUCCUCUGCUACGCUGCAGCCCGGUCACGGCAUCGGCUCCCACACCUCCCCGGGUCCUAAACGACCAGGUAACACGCUACGGAAGUGGCUGACCAGCCCGGUGCGACGGCUAAGCAGCGGUAAAGCAGACGGCCACGUGAAGAAGCUGGCCCACAAGCACAAGAAGAGCCGCGAGGUGAGGAAGAGCGGCGAGAUGACGAUAGGCUCUCAGAAAGACUCGGACGACAGUGCAGCUACACCUCAGGAUGAAACUUUGGAGGAGAGGGUUCGUAACGAGGGCCUGUCGAGCGGUACGCUGUCCAAGUCCAGUUCUUCGGGAAUGCAGAGCUGCGGUGAGGAGGAGGGCGAGGAGGGCGCAGACUCAGUACCUCUGCCUCCACCUAUGGCCAUCCAGCAGCAUAGCUUGCUGCAGCCAGACUCACAGGAUGACAAGACUUCUUCUCGUCUGUCGGUCCGCCCGUCCAGUUCAGAAACGCCCAGUGCCGCUGAGCUGGUGAGCGCCAUCGAGGAGCUAGUCAAAAGCAAGAUGGCUCUGGAGGACAGACCCAGCUCUCUGUCUGUAGAACAAGGAGACAGCAGCUCUCCCUCUUUCAACCCCUCUGACAACUCCCUCCUCUCCUCUUCCUCCCCCAUGGAAGAAAUGGACGAACGCAGGGCCAGUAUCCUCAAAAAAAGACAUUUCAUUCUGCUGGAGUUGGUGGAGACGGAGAGAGAUUACGUCAGAGACCUCGGCCUGGUGGUGGAGGGCUACAUGAGCAGAAUGAAGGAGGAGGGUGUCCCUGAUGAUAUGAAGGGAAAAGACAAAAUUGUGUUUGGCAACAUCCAUCAGAUCUACGACUGGCACAAAGAUUUCUUCCUCAGGGAGUUGGAGAAGUGUUUGGAGGACCCUGACAGACUGGGACCACUCUUUCUCAAACAGGAACGGAGACUAAACAUGUACGUAGUGUACUGUCAGAACAAGCCCAAGUCAGAGCACAUCGUGUCCGAGUAUAUCGACACCUACUUUGAGGACCUGAAGCAGCGGCUGGGACACAGACUGCAGAUCACAGACCUGCUCAUCAAGCCAGUCCAGAGGAUCAUGAAGUACCAGCUGCUGCUCAAGGAUUUCCUGAAACACUCUAAAAAGGCCGGGCUCGAGUCUCCAGAUUUGGAAAAAGCAGUGGAGGUCAUGUGUAUUGUUCCAAAAAGGUGUAACGACAUGAUGAAUGUUGGCCGGCUUCAAGGAUUUGAUGGGAAGAUUGUGGCUCAGGGCCGCCUUUUGCUGCAGGACACAUUCAUGGUGUCCGACCCCGACGGUGGUCUGCUCGGUCGGAUGAAGGAGAGGAGGGUCUUCCUGUUUGAGCAGCUUGUCAUCUUCAGUGAGCCCCUGGACAAAAAGAAAGGGUUCUCUCUGCCAGGCUUCCUCUAUAAGAACAGCAUCAAGAUAAGCUGUUUGGGUUUGGAGGAGAAUGUAGAAGGUGAUCCCUGUAAGUUCAUUCUCACUUCUCGGUCAGCCAGCGGCGCCGUGGAGUCCUUUGUGCUUCACUCCUCCCAUCCAGGGGUGCGUGAGGUCUGGACCCUUCAGAUCAGCCAAAUACUCGAGAGCCAACGCAACUUCCUCAAUGCUCUGACCUCACCAAUAGAGUAUCAGAGGAACCAUGUAGGGGCAAGCAGUGCACCCAGCAUCGGAGCUCCAGGUGGGGGCAACAGCGGUUCUAGUGCAGCCCCUGGAGGUGGAGGUGGAAGCUCCCAGAGUAGCUCCAUCCCUUCGGGACCCCAGGGUGGCUCUCGUCGGCCGUCCAGGAUCCCGCAACCCUCCCGCCUGCCCCAACCCCUACGUCACCACCCCGGGGCCGACCCGGAUGGCUCCAAUAAGAUGUCAGGUUUGUCCCCUCGUCCUGUCCCUCCUCCUCUGCUCCCUGUGGGGGGCAGCCCGCAGGGCAAGCGCCCUAUCCACACCACAGAGGACCAAGCUUAUACCCCCAUCCCACGUGCUACCGUUGGGCCUCUGCCCUCCACACCCACUUCUAAACCACGGCCAGGAGCCGUGUCUCCCAUGGCCUCCCCCAUGGCCACUCCCGCCUUUGGCAAGGACACUCUCCCCCCUCCCCCUCCCAGUCCAGGCCAAAACCAAAAGUCUGGAUCUGGAUUCUGGAGCUCAAUGCCGGGCUCUCCAGCCAGCCGGCCUGGCUCAUUCACCUUUCCGGGAGAGGCAGGAGAGACUCCGGUGCGACAAAGCUCAAAUCAGAGCCAAACCCACAGACAUUCCACGCACAGCAAGGAGGCCGACCGCAUGAGUACGUGCUCAUCGGCCAGCGAGCAGUCCAUCCAGUCCACCCAGAGUAACGGGAGUGAAAGUAGCAGCAGCAGUAGCGUAUCCACCAUGUUGGUGACCCAGGACUACACGGCUGUGAAGGAGGAUGAGAUCAGCGUCAUUCAGGGCGAGGUGGUCCAGAUCUUGGCCAGCAACCAGCAAAACAUGUUCCUGGUGUUCAGAGCAGCCACCGAGCAGGGCCCCGCCGCCGAGGGCUGGAUCCCCGGAUUUGUGCUGGGACACACGUCGACCAUUGUCCCCGACUGUCCCGAGGGAUCCAUCAAGAAGUCUUCAUCCUGGCACACGUCCCUGCGUAUUCGCAAGAAGUCUGAGAAAAAGGAGAAGGAGGCAAAGAAGGAGACCAAGCUGGAAAACGGUUACAGGAAGUCCAGAGAUGGCCUGGCCAAUAAAGUUUCUGUAAAGGUGAGUUUCACUUCACUUCAAGACUCUACAGCGAUGCCUCAAAGUUACCGACUGUUGACAUUUGUUUAUCUUUUUUUCCAGCUUCUAAACCCAAACUACAUCUAUGAUGUUCCCCCUGAGUUCCUUGUACCUCUGAGUGAUGUGACAUGUGACAACGGAGAGAGCGUCACCCUAAGGUGUAAGGUUUGUGGGCGACCCCGGGCUACAGUCAGCUGGAAAGGGCCCAACCAGAGCAACCUCACUAACAACGGACACUUCAGCAUCGCCUACAGUGAUACGGGUGAAGCGACUCUGCGGAUAAUCGGCGUAGCCUCUGAGGACGAUGGCGUUUACACGUGUGUUGCCACCAACGAGCUGGGCAGUGUGACAUCAUCAGCUAGCCUCAGAGUGUUGGCCGUGUCCACUGACGGGGUCCGAGUGAGCUGGAAGGAUAACUUUGAGUCUCACUACACUGAGGUGGUUGAACUGGGAAGGGGUCGUUUCUCUGUCGUCAAGCGCUGCGACCACCGGGGCACCAAACGCACGGUGGCUGUGAAACACGUCAACAAGAAGCUGAUGAGGAGAGACAGAGUGACCCAGGAGCUCAAUCUGCUCCAGAGACUCCAGCACCCACACAUAGUCACCCUGAUUGACACCUACGAAACUCCCAGCAGCUACGCGUUAGUCCUGGAGAUGGCCGACCAAGGCCGUCUGCUGGACUACAUCGUGAGCUGGGGGAAUCUGACUGAGGAGAAGGUGGCCUGCUACUUGAGGAACGUUUUAGAAGCUUUACACUACUUACACAACUGCAGAAUAGCACACUUGGACAUAAAACCUGAGAACCUGCUGGUGUCCCACACCGCCAGCGGCCAGCCAAUAGUCAAGCUCACAGACUUCGGUGAUGCUGUGCAGCUCAACAGCGCCCACUAUGUUCACCCUCUGCUGGGCAGCCCUGAGUUCGCCUCCCCAGAGCUGGUCCUCGGAGAGCCUGUGUCGCUGACCUCUGACCUGUGGAGUCUGGGCGUGGUCACCUACGUGCUGCUGAGCGGCGCCUCCCCCUUUCUCGACGAGAGCGCAGAGGAGACCUGCCUGAACAUCUGCCGGCUGGACUUCAGCUUCCCCAGGGAUUACUUCCAGGGCGUCAGCCAGGCGGCCCGGGACUUCGUCUGCCUGCUUCUGAAGACCGACCCAGGCAGAAGGCCCCCGGCCGGCCUCUGCCUCCAGGAGCCGUGGCUGCAGGCUGGCCAAGGCGACGGCCGGGCAGAGGGCUGCUUGGACACCUCCCGCCUCAUUUCUUUCAUUGACAGGAGAAAACAUCAGACCGAUGCCCGGCCCAUCGGAGGGGUCAGGAGCUUCAUUCACGGUCGCCUUCAGCCUCGGGUUUGAGCAGCUCUCAGCCUCAGCGCUCCGACCACAGCAGGAGACGCUGCUCAGUUUGGGGUCCAGCGCUGAGGCUGAAGAGUCUCUUUAUGGUCUCGAUGUAAAAAGGAGAAAAAAAUGAAAGCUGAUCUCAUCCUCUUUCACAGAUUUUCCACUAAAUAAAAUCCUGUUAUCCUUUUAGGUUGUUUAUUUGAGACCUGCUGAGGUCUUAAGCCAAUCGGAGCCCUAGAGAACUGAGUUCUCACCAAUCAUAAAUGAAUGGAUGCCCUCGUCUACUGCUGCUUGCUGGUUUCGUCUUUUUGUAGUUAAGUGAACAAAAACAGUUUAAAAAAACUAUUAUGAAGUAAGUUAUUUUCCUCUGCGCGAGUUGAAGCUGAUCAGAAGAGCCAAUCGAUCGAGCCUCGACGCCACCGCACGGGCGCAGCUCUUUCAGGAGAAACCGAUGCCAACGGAGCUCGCCACAGAGCAAACCGCCCUCCAGGAACAGACGGUGUGUUUUUGCUCUUUUACCCUUAAACAAUAACUGGGAUACUUUUGAGAAGCAACCCUUUCUUAUAGAAACAGUGUAUAGAAAGGCACAGUAGUGUCUCUGCGAUUCCAAGGAGGAAAAAACAAACACAUCAUUGUAGAAAACGCUCAUAAGUUGAAGAUUCGUGUGCUACUCUGGUCUCUGCAGACACGCGGAAACCGUGACAGAGCUCAUCAGCGGAGACAUUUAUACAUCAGAGCUUCUCGAUGGCUACGCUUACAUUAACGUACCCUAAUCUAAUCUAAGAAUACCAUGAUGACCAUGUCGUGAGUAACAAAUGCUGCACUGUCCAACCCGAGAAGAAACAAUAGACGUUCGUCUUUUUUUUUUCUUUUUUCUUUCCUAGAACAAAACUUGUGUUGCGCAGAUAUGACAUGUUUAAGCCUUACCUUGUAUAGAGACUUCGGCCUUCUUCCCCCUCACGUUCGCAGUGGACUCGAGACUGUUGGAGCCUUCGGUGGCAGCGCUGAAUGUGGAGGCGGCGGAAGAUGAAUUUACUGUAAAUGCACUCAUUGUAUGUUAUGUUUGAUUAUCAUGUGCAAUGUUGCGGCUUUAACAUUUUAUGCAACUAUUUAUGAAAACAUCUGUUGUAUCUGUAAUAAAUCUAGAGAAAAGCAUGUACUUGGUACUGCAAGCACUGCUGGUAGUUUGUGUUUAUUCGAUCGCCGAGUGUUAACGACCGCUCCGGGGCCAGGCCGCGUCAGAGGUCACGAUCUACAAUCAUCACGUUUUGAUCAAAACUAAUUUAACUUUUUUUUUUUUGUACUGUAUGCCUCUGUAGUAUUGGUACACCAAAGUUGCUCUAGCUUUAUAGUACUUAAUAAAGAAAUGGUUUUAUUGUGAUUACGUUUCACUUGAGUUAGGCCAUCCAUGACCAUGUUAAAUGAUUGUUUACACGAGUAAAUGUCAGAGGAACGCUUUUAGUUAACUCUCUUUAUACCUUUAUUAAAAAGGCGGGAGAUUAAAGGACUGAAAUGUACUCUUGGAUGGGAGCUGAAUGCAAGAUUUUACUUACAAAGUGUUGUUUUCACUUUAUGUACAGAUACAUGUUGCCAAAAUAUUUCUUCCAUUUAAAAAAAACAACAACAACAAAACACCUUUAAAUGGUAACUAACCAGUAACUACACAAGAUUGCUAUGGUAACAAUAGCACACAAGUCCAGUAAGGGGUUAUGAUUAAAUCAGCCCCCUAUUAACCUUUUUUUAAUUUAUUUCAAAAGGUGUACACACAGGCCAUUUAAAAACAAGAAAACUGGACUGGAUACCUCAGUUUGGGUUUUUGUUGAUUUUUCUGUUUUUGUCGCUUUGUGUUUUUGUUUUCCCGUUUUUGUUUCAUAAAUUGUUCUUUUGUUGGUUUUUUUUGUUUUGCAUGUAUAUUUCUUUGUACAAAUCAUACAUAUUCUCUCCUGUAAAUAGUGUCAUUUUGCCAUCACUUAUUUGAAAAUUAAACGUAAUGAACACACGG